AUGGGCCGGGCCCGGCCGGGAGAGCGCGGGCCGCCCAGCCCCGGCCCCGCCGCGCCGCCCGCACCCCCGCCGCGCCGCGCCCGCACCCUGGCCCUGCUCGGAGCGCUGCUCGCCGCCGCCGCGGCGGCCGCCGCAGCCCGGGCCUUCGCCCGACACGCCGAGGCCCAGGCGGCCGCGCGACAGGAUUCAGCACUGAAAGCCCUGGGGACGGAAGGCCUCUUUCUCUUUUCCUCCUUGGACACUGACCGGGAUAUGUACAUCAGCCCGGAGGAGUUCAAGCCCAUCGCUGAGAAGCUGACAGGGUCAACUCCUACGGCCAGCUAUGAGGAGGAGGAGCUGCCCCCUGACCCCAGCGAGGAGACACUCACCAUAGAAGCCCGAUUCCAGCCUCUGCUACCAGAGUCCAUGACCAAGAGCAAAGACGGGUUCCUAGGGGUCUCCCGCCUGGCCCUGUCCGGCCUCCGCAACUGGACGACCGCAGCCUCACCAAGUGCAGUGUUUGCCGCCCGCCACUUCCGGCCCUUCCUUCCCCCUCGGGGCCACAUGGAGCUGGGUGAGCCCUGGUGGAUCAUCCCCAGUGAGCUGAGUGUCUUCACUGGCUAUCUGUCCAACAACCGCUUCUACCCACCACCACCCAAGGGCAAGGAGGUCAUCAUUCACCGGCUCCUGAGCAUGUUCCACCCUCGGCCCUUCGUGAAGACCCGCUUUGCCCCUCAGGGGGCUGUCGCCUGCCUGACCGCCAUCAGCGACUUCUACUACACUGUGAUUUUCCGGAUCCACGCAGAGUUCCAGCUCAGCGAGCCACCCGAUUUCCCCUUCUGGUUCUCACCCGGCCAGUUCACUGGCCACAUCAUCCUCUCCAAAGAUGCCACCCAUGUCCGUGACUUCCGGCUCUUCGUGCCCAACCACAGACCUCCCACACACCCAGAGCUACAGCCUGUCCGUGCCACCCCACAGGAAGGCCAUCAGGUGGGCAGGGACCUGGCUAGUUGGGGUCCAGGAAGGCUUCCCGGAGGACGCGGGGGGCUGAGGUCUCUGAAUGUGGACAUGGAGUGGCUGUACGGGGCCAGUGAGAGCAGCAACAUGGAGGUGGAUAUCGGCUACGUACCCCAGAUGGAGCUGGAGGCCAUGGGCCCCUCAGUGCCCUCCGUGAUCCUGGACGAGGAUGGCAACAUGAUUGACAGCCGCCUGCCCUCGGGGGACCCCCUCCAGUUUGUGUUUGAGGAGAUCAAGUGGCAACAGGAGCUGAGCUGGGAGGAGGCCGCCCGGCGCCUGGAGGUGGCCAUGUACCCCUUCAAGAAGGUCACCUACUUGCCAUUCACCGAGGCCUUUGACCAAGCCAAGGCCAAGAACAAGCUGGUGCACUCAAUCCUGCUGUGGGGGGCCCUAGACGACCAGUCCUGCUGAGGUUCAGGGCGAACUCUCCGGGAGACCGUCCUGGAAAGUUCGCCCAUCCUUGCCCUCCUCAAUGAGAGCUUCAUCAGCACCUGGUCCCUAGUGAAGGAGCUGGAGGACCUGCAGAAUAACCAGGAGAACCCUUCCCACAAGAAGCUGGCUGGCCUGCACCUGGAGAAGUACAGCUUCCCCGUGGAGAUGAUGAUCUGCCUCCCCAAUGGCACUGUGGUCCACCACAUCAACGCCAACUACUUCUUGGACAUCACCUCCAUGAAGCCUGAGGAUAUUGAGAACAAUGUCUUCAGCUUCUCAUCAACUUUUGAAGACCCAUCCACGGCCACCUACAUGCAGUUCCUGAAGGAGGGCCUUCGGCGUGGCCUGCCCCUCCUCCAGUCCUAGUGUGCCUGCCAGGCGGGGAGACGCCAGGCUGGAUGGGGAGCUGGACAGGCCCCUCCACCCGAAGCCAGAGUGGUCUUUGCACAUUUCACACGUCAGGCCCUCCCACUCCCCAACUCAGGCUGCCUGGGGGUCCGAAGUCAACUAAGGGUGGCCAUCUUAGCUUUGUCUCAGUGAUGGGGGUGGGGUACAAGGGGGUCCCUGGCUGACCAGGUGGAUGAACCUUUAGCUCUGGGCUGCUGCCAUCAGCCUUUUACUACCUACUUGGCUCCGGAAGUGGCUUGGAACCCUCAGAACAGGGCCUGGGGUCAUCUCCCUGGACCUCACCCACUCAGACACAUAUAGUCCAGACCCUUGAGGGGUGAACAGUGGGGAGGAGUGGGUGCUAGAAAGACUGGGCUGCCCUCCCUCCUUUCUUUCACCCGCUCCCAAGAGCCCUGGCCUGGGGGUGGGGGGAGGCUACCAGGGAAGCACUUCUGUUUGUCUGCAGCCUUCUUCCUGGCCAUAGCCCUGGCUGCCCUCCUGUGCCUAGUGUCCCCAGUAGGUUCCAUCUCAGCUGGAGACAGAUUUCUGGAAGUUCUGAGCAGAACCCUCCUUCAGAAGGGGAAAUCAUACUGUAGCCCGCUGCUCCCCAGACCACUCAAUCCAACCUAAUGAUGGGACCCCAGAUCCUCCUUCAGGACUUACUGGGGGCCAGCUCUUGGGGAGGUUUAUUGUGAAGUAGGCUGCUGUGCUUGACAUGGAGUCGCUGAGGCCCAGGGCCAGGGUGCCCCUACCACCUACCCCAGGUCAUAGCAGGAUUGCUGGAGUCAGUGUUCCCAUGACACCUGCCCCUCAGACCUCAGCUCCACAGAAGUGUAGCCCAGCCAAGGAACACAGCCUUCCCCAGAGCUGUUGCUGUUCCAGCUGUCAGGCAGCCCAGACCAGCUUGUCCACCGUUGGGUGGCCUCUUUUGACUCUCCUUGGCCCCUCUUAGGGCUUUGGUCCACAUCCCAAGCCACUGACCAUGGCCAGUCUCUUUUUUAUACCUGCAGAAAGAAUGUUUUUAUGUGAACUUUCUCACAGUUUAUAUGUAUUUUUGAUAGCCCCAGCACUGAGGAGAAAGAAGGGAGUGGUGGUGCCCCCCAGCAGCCGCCCUGUGACAGCCGGACCUGAAAGCCUAGGUGGGUCCAGCUUGAUGUCUUUGCAGUUGCUCCUGUGGGAAGAAACAUCCCUCUCUUCUUCUCCUCGUCCAGCUUUUUAAAAAUAGUCCCAAGAGGGUCAGGAUACCCCAACUCUAUCCUUGUCCUCCAGCCAGGCCUACGAGGGGCCCUUGGGCUGUCAUCAACCUGGAAGUGACCCGGCCCUCACUUAUGCCCUCCCCCGCCCCACUGGGGGCUCCUCUGAAACCUGGAAGAGGAAGGCAGGCAAACGUUUCCUCAGAUGCACUCCCAGGCCUCCCACCUGCUGAGUUCCCCUGCCUGCCAGGGGAGUUGCCACACCAGUCUUCCUCGUGGACUGUCUUGUUCUCAGUGUUGUAUCAAGUAUCAUAAUAAUAGCCAUUUACCAAGAGCUUUCCCUAUCUGAGGCACUUCGGUAAGAUUACAUGUAUUUUCUCAUUUAAACCUCACAAUGAACAUGAGGCAGAUAUUAAUCGUUCCCAUUUUGCAGAUGAAGAAACUGGGUCUUAGGAAAGUGAAGUGACUCGCCCAGGGUCACUCAGUGAGUUAGAGUAAGCCUGUAGAAUUAAAAGUCAGCCUGUGUCUUGA